AGGCAUCACAGUGCUGACCUAUACCUACAUUAUCACUACAGACUCUUGUCCAGCCAACCCCUCCAGCAACCAGGCGGUUAUUUCUCAUCACCACAAACUCAGCCUAAUUACAUCAACGUCGCCUCGUCAUCUCUCGCCAAUGCAGACCUCCGCCGGCUAGAAGCUUGAGUCCAAAGAACAGCCAUGAGAUGGAAUGCACAGUCGUGGUGGCGCCUAACAGCCCUGCUACUCAGCUCUCUCUAUACGAUUGACGCCGUAGAGCCUGGCUGGACGAAGAAGCAUGAGGAGGGCCGUUGUGCCAUUCGUGGACACUGUGGAAAGGAAAGCUGGCUCGGCGCCGAAAUACCUUGUGUAGACAAUGGCUUCGCUGAACGACCUGACGAUGAUGCCCGGGACAAACUUGUCGCUCUCUGUGGCGAAGAAUGGGCAGACACAGACGUUUGUUGUUCGUCUGGCCAGAUCGAUGACAUGGCGGCCAAUUUCGGAAGAGUCAACGCAUUCGUCGCAGGAUGCCCUGCCUGCAAAAAGAACUUCUACAAUCUCUUCUGCACCUUCACCUGCUCGCCUGAUCAGUCUACGUUCGUCAAUGUUACGGAAAUUGCACCCUAUAAAAACACUUUUCGGUCCAUGGCAGUUGACGUUUUGAUCACUGACAAAUUUGGAACUGGCUUCUACGACAGCUGUAAAGAUGUGAAAUUUGGUCCGACAAACAAUAAUGCCAUGGCUCUCAUCGGUGGUGGCGCGCACAACUUCACAGAAUUUUUCAAGUUUUUGGGCAAGAAGCAACCUCCUUUCCACAGCCCAUUCCAGAUCGACUUCCCUCGUUCAGAUGAGAAGAAGUUUUCUGGCAUGAAAUUUAAUGAUCCCAUCGUUAGGGCGUGUAAUGACCACGAUCCAGCUUAUCGGUGCGCCUGUGUGGAUUGCCCUAAAUCCUGCACUGAGCUUCCUGAGGUGACCGAACAAGACGCUUGUACAGUGGGGUUACUGCAUUGUUUCUCAUUUGCUGUAGUAUUGGUUUACUCUAUCUUCGUCGCGCUUCUGGUCAUCGCUGUCUCCGGACACGUUGCAUAUCAGAGUCAUUCGAAGCAAAAGAAUGAACGCCUUCGCUUAAUUCGGGAUAUUGAGCCCAGCGAAGACGAUGAAGGAGACAUCUUUCACCAUACACCAGUGCUUGAGAGGCCAACCGAGCAAUACUUUCUGAAUACCAUAUUCGAUAGGAUAUUCUACAGACUAGGCCUCGUUUGUGCCCAGUUCCCUGGCAUCACUAUAGGCUCCACUGUCGUAUUCGUGGGAUUGUUGAGUUUGGGAUGGGUCCGUUUCGCUGUUGAAAAAGAUCCCGUGAAACUAUGGGUUGCGCCUAACUCUGCUGCUGCUGUAGAGAAACAAUACUUCGACAAAAACUUUGGGCCAUUCUUCCGUGCUGAACAGGCUUUUCUCGUUAACGAUACACAAGGUUCUCGCGGCCCGGUCUUGGACUACGAAACCUUGGCGUGGUGGUUUGAUGUGGAAAACCGUAUACAGCGCUUCAAGUCUGAAAAGGAGGGGGUCACAUUGAAAGACGUCUGCUUCAAUCCCACAGGCGCGGGGUGUGCCGUCCAAUCUGUCACAGGUUACUUCCAAGGAGAUUUUUCACUGGUAGAUCCAGACACUUGGUACCAACAUAUAGAGGAUUGUGCCAAGAACGCUUUCGAAGACAGCUGUCGCCCUCGUUCUAAUCAGCCGCUGGAACCACACCUUAUAUUUGGUGACUAUGGGGAUAGCGUCCUCGAUUCCACCGCACUCGUGGUGACAUGGGUUGUGAAUAAUAACGAGGAAGGGAGCGACGAAGCUGAGACAGCUGCAGACUGGGAAGCAGGUCUACAGAAUGCGUUGAUCAACGCUCAACGCGAGGCAAAGGAGCGUGGGCUUCGGCUGUCCUUCAACACGGAGAUAAGCUUGGAGCAGGAGCUCAAUAAAUCAUCGAACACGGAUGCCAGAAUCGUAGUGAUCAGCUACGUGAUCAUGUUUCUUUAUGCCUCACUAUCUUUGGGGUCCACGACAUUGACUGCCAAGACAAUCCUGCGCAACCCAUCAUCAGCCCUAGUUCAGUCGAAAUUUAUGCUUGGAAUCUUUGGGAUCAUUAUCGUACUGAUGUCCGUAUCUGCAUCGGUUGGACUCUUCUCUGCAGCUGGUAUCAAAGUCACACUGAUUAUUGCGGAAGUCAUCCCGUUCCUCGUGCUGGCUGUAGGAGUUGAUAACAUCUUCCUCAUCGUCCAUGAAUUUGAACGAGUCAACAUAAGCAGCCCAGAAGCACCGAUCCCAGAACGAGUUGCCCGGGCUCUUGGCCGUAUGGGUCCGAGCAUUCUGUUUUCAGCCACCGCAGAGACAGCUGCUUUUGCCCUUGGGACUGCGGUUGGUAUGCCUGCAGUACGUAACUUUGCGGCUUACGCAGCAGGUGCUGUGUUCAUUAAUGCUCUUCUUCAAGUUACGAUGUUCAUCGCCGUCCUGUCUCUCAAUCAGAAGAGAGUGGAGGAUAGCAGGAUCGACUGUUUCCCCUGUUUGAAGGUUCGGCGAUCGAACAUGUCAUCUGAUGGCACAAUGGUCUUUGGGAUAGACGAAGAAGGGAGUCUUCAAAAGUUCAUCCGCCGAUCAUACGCGCCAACACUCCUUGGGAAGAAGGUUAAAGUUGCAAUUGUCGCCAUCUUUCUUGGCUUAUUCACUGCUGGUCUGGCACUUUUGCCCCAUGUUCAACUUGGACUAGAGCAGCGCGAUGCUCUUCCGAGCGGGUCUUAUCUCAUCGACUAUUUCGAUGAUGUUGCGGAAUAUCUGGGUGUCGGGCCCCCGGUCUAUUUUAUCGCCCGCAACCUAGAUGUCGCAGAACAUGGUCACCAAAUAGAAGUUUGUGGACGCUUUGGUGCGUGCGAUGAAUUUUCCCUGGCAAACAUACUCGAGGGCGAACGCAAACGUCCUGAAAUUUCAUAUAUUGCAACAGCCACGGCCAGCUGGAUAGACGAUUUCUUCGCAUGGCUAAACCCAGCUCUGGACUGUUGUCAUGAGCAUGACGGCGAUACCGAGACCUGCUUCGCAGAUCGCAAUCCCCCGUGGAGCCCAAGUUUGGUAGGCAUGCCAGAAGGAGAAGAAUUCGUUCACUACCUCACGAAAUGGCUACAUGCUACGAGUGAUGUAAACUGUCCUUUGGGAGGCAAAGCAGCCUAUAGUGACGCUGUCGUUGUGGACAACGCAACCCACAGCAUUUCCGCAAGCCAUUUCCGCACUUCUCAUACACCUCUUCGCACUCAAGAAGACUUCAUUAACUCAUACGCAGCCGCUCGGCGUAUUGCUGACGACAUUGGUCGAAGCACAUCGAGUGAGAUAUUUCCUUACUCGAAACAUUACAUUUUCUUCGACCAAUACGCUUCGAUAGUACACCUGUCCACAGCCCUCAUCGGGUCGGCGCUGGCGAUCAUUCUGCUCGUAUCGGCAAUCCUUCUUGGCUCUCUGCGAACUGCGAUUGUCGUUACUAUUACUGUCGGUAUGACUGUCGUUGACAUCAUUGGUACGAUGUCGCUCGCUGGUGUGUCUCUUAAUGCGGUUUCUCUCGUGAAUCUCAUCAUAUGCGUGGGUAUUAGCGUCGAAUUCUGCGCUCAUAUCGCCCGCGCCUUCACCUUCCCAAGCAGCGCGGUAAUGGAACGUGCACCACGGAAUCGCUUCAAAGCAAAAGAAGUGAGAGCCUGGACAGCUCUGGUCAACGUCGGCGGCAGUGUGUUUAGCGGCAUAACAAUAACGAAGCUGCUUGGUGUCUGCGUUCUAGCAUUUACUAGAAGCAAGAUCUUUGAGAUCUAUUACUUCCGGGUUUGGCUGGCACUUGUACUUUGGGCAGCAUCACACGCGCUGAUAUUCUUGCCAGUCAUGCUGAGCAUUUUUGGUGGCAAAGGAUUCUCCGACCCAGAGUCCGACGGUGGGUUGGAGCAAGAUCUCAGGAAUAGGCGGUACCGUCCGUUGCUUGCAGCUGAGGAUUACGACUCUGACGAUUGAAUGGCUAUGACGGUGGGAGCUCAUAGGCUUGUUUGACAUGGACAAUCCUGAACAAGCAAUCGUAAACGACGGCCCAGGCAUCUCAUUAUGCUGUAACGCUUUAUCGCGCUGUAGGCAUCAAUAGUAUAAUCAUUUACAAACACUGCAUAAGCUUGUCGACUUUUUCAAUGUCGCUUCUAAAGGGUUUAUUGCCUGGCUAAUCCACCAGGUCAGCUCCACACGUGUCUGAGCGUAAUUACCUCUUUCUUGCUUAAAAGCUGUCACUCCAAGCAUGCGUACACGCGUGUGUUCUCUCUCUUGGAGGUCUACUAAACUUCUUAACCUUACUCAUAUAAGACUAGAUAUGAUAAUAUAUAUAUCGACUUAGAAUAAGAUAGCAUAACUAUAUAUAUGUUG